CUGGGGCUCAUCAUACUCGCAGCAGUCCUGCUCCAGACCAUCGCCGUCGCCAUCAGUUUCAUCUACUUCAACAAAGUCCUGAACACAAUGCAGGAGAGUUUCUCCAGGAGCAGCGUGUCCUGUCUGAUCAACACAGACCAGCAGUCCCAGCUGGAAAGGUCGGUGGCCGAGGACAAAAAGAACAACCCCUGCUGGCAAGUCACCCAACAGCUCCACUACCACAUAGAGAAGACGAUGGCUGAGAGAUUCCAGAAGGAGAUGAGAAAUAAGCUGACGGGAGUGCGGCCCAUCCUGAGCCCCGGGGCGCCGCUUUCUAAAGUCGCUGCCCAUGUGACCGGGGUUUCCGCCACAAAGUCUCCAAUAGCAGAAAGCACGUGGAGCAGCAGGGGGUUUCUGGGGGAGCGCAUCAGAGCGUGGGAGGGCCAGAGGGGACUGUCCUUUCUGCAAAACAUGGAACUGAGAGGGGGAGAGCUCUUGGUGCCCACAGCAGGCCUCUAUUACAUCUACGCACAAACCUACUUCAAAAUUCCCUCCACGGGGGACACCGAGGCGGAGACAAAGGAGGAGACAGGGGAGACAAAGGAGGAAGAGGGCGCACUGCUUGUCCAGUACAUCUACAAAAAGAUGAGUUCCUACACGGUGCCCAUCCUGCUGAUGAAAUCAUCACGGAGCGCCUGCUGGCCUCGCGGUCAGGAGCCGGGUCUCUUCUCCCUACACCAGGCCGGCACCGCCUUCCUACAACCCGCUGACCGCCUUUUCAUCACGGUCAGCAAUGCAAGUGCCAUGGAGACGGACGGCAGGGCAAGUUACUUCGGGGCCUUCCUGGUUGGCUAAAGAGAAAGACGAAGGAAGUGAGAAAUGGACAGAAGUUAAAAACCCCCAAUGUCAGGGGUUUGCUUGGUAACAUGAGCAGCUGGCGCCAAUAUGACAAGGAAGCAGAGCCAUUUGGUGUGUGUUUACUGCAGCAGGGAAUCCAAGCUCACACAGGAUGUCACUUCCUGCAUGACAAAGUGCAGCUGGAUGACAGCGCUAACGCUGAUCAUGUGGUGCAUUGAGAGGACAGGGCGUAUGGACGAGUACAAACGAUUGCAGAUUAAAUGUCGUGCUCUCUCAUGUGGGAACAGUAAUAGUCGUCGUUUCGGGGAAAUGGCAGCAAGUGUUGGCUAAACAUGACACAGAGUUGGUAUAUUGUUUUUCAAAAUAAAUGACAUAAAAGACAUAACAUAAUCAUUAUGAAUAACGAAGCUUAGUUUGCUUGAACUGUUUGAAUUUCCACUCUAAUGAAUUAGAGCUGAAACAGCCACUCGAUUAUUAGUCGAUUACUUAAACGUCAACUAUUUUGAUCAUCGAUGAAUUACUUGAAGCUUUUGUCACUUCUAAUGGUUUUAGCUUCUUAAAUGUGAAUAUUUUCUGGUUUCUUUGCUCCAUGUAACAAAGAAAUCAUUAAAAACCGAGUCAUUUUGGUUUCUUUAUGAUUCAAUUUCCUGAUUGAAUCAUAAAGUGCAACCACCAGUUUUGUCUUUUAUGUUUGAAACCUGCGUUGUUGUCAGAUGAACAAUAACUCUUUUAUUUAUGUGAAUACUUUCCACCUUCUUAUCUUGUACAAUAAAUAAUAAUAAACAAACGUCUGUCAGCGUCCGCCACCAGA